GCUGUUUCUCAAACACCGCUCACCGUCAGGUGCAGGUGCAGGGCCCGGUGCAGGGCCCCCGGCCUCGUCAAGGACAUCAUCACCUCAGGGGGGCGCUCCCACAACGUGCUGCAGAAGCUGCAGAAGCUGCAGAUGAUGCAGGGCUUUGGGGAUGCUGGUAAAGUGGGCGCGGUGCGGCGAGGAUGCCACGCGACGGACGCCGGUCCAACCACCACCAGGUCUGUGCGAGCGAGCAUUCACGGCACAUCAACUGCAGAACACCGUGAUGCCCUUCGACGUAUCAACCGCCUCUCCAGCCGAGGCCUGUGCAUCCGAAAAUAUCCCAUCAACUUUCAUCAAGUCACAAGUGCAGCUGCUCUGAGCUGUCCUGCAGCAGUCACCAGUCACCAGUCACCAGUACCAAACCAGUACCGUAUUCAGCGUGGCCCUGACAAAGCUCGGGCCCCGCACAUCUCCUUUCCCUGCUCCUGGGCCCUUCUCAGGCCCUCACCCACAACGCUUCUCUCCGGCCUGGUCCAUGAGUCGUGGUGGAGGCACACUACUGACUCCACAACUCAAAUACCCAUUUCUGCGCCGUGCCUGAGGUGGUCCCGUCGGCGUUGCCAUCGCAUCGUGUCGGGAAAUGCCCGUCAGCGCGUGUCAAGGCUUCCUGCUCGUCCGGGUCGUCCCAGUCGUGGAGUAAGGUUGCGGAGGACGUGCCUGAUCGACGGAGACCACCCACCGCUCUUCUUCGGCCACUGGGCCGUGUCCGAGCGGAGCCGAAGGAAGACGAGGGUGGCGCGCGCUAGAAGGUUCCCGCGGCUUUCUAGAAGGGCUGAAAGAAGGCGUGAAAUGUUUCACUUCUGGAUCGCCGCCAUUCAACCCCAGACUCGUCCACCCGUUCUCACGCGUGGCCAUCGGCAUGCACGCCAAUUUCGGUGCUGCUGUACAUUUUGAUCGCCCGCCGGGUCCACCGACGGCAAGUUUGGCACGUCGGGACGCUGUUGGUUUCCCUCCCCACCCAUCGUCAAUUUGCUAGUCGCCGCGCAUCUGUUUGACCGCUUUGGCGGUGUGGAUUACAGACAACAUGGGUCGAGGUUGUGGAGGCAGAGUUCGAUCCGUCGGCAAGAUAGGUGUGCCCUGUUGCCCUGCUUACCCUAGUUUCAGUGUUCGUCAUCCGAGUUCCGUCACUGUUUCGACCAAGAGUUGGAUAUUCAUCGACGGUUGGACAGCUUGAUCAGUACCUAAAUUAGUUCUCACGGGAGCUCUUCCGGACACGUUUUCUUCUGGCUGCCGCUGCCAGUUGGC